CUGUCAUGCUAACGGGUACUAAUUUAAAUAUUGGCUUUAAAAACAAUGCUCAGUUUCUGGUAGUAUAUUCUUUAGUAGACUUUGGGAGAUUAACAAAGAAAAAUUUCUUUCUUUAUGAUUAACAUGAUCGAACUUAUGUUGAAAUUUACGGUCUUCAUCCUAUUUCUUAUUGAAUUUACUUCUGGAACAGAACUAAUAGAAGUUGAAAUUGAUGAUGAUCCUCCUCCAAAUUGGCCCGAAGAUCUCAGUACCAGCAGUCAGAUUGUCUUCAGGCCAUUGUUUGUUUAUAAACAGAAGAAGGCGGCUCAGGUUGAGAAUAAUAGGCGUAAAGCAGAAUUGGCCAUAGAGGUCCUGAAAAAAGAUAGAGAACCAAUUGGAGUUUCUUAUAGGCCGCAUUAUUAUUAUAAUCCAUAUCCGUCCUAUUACUACAAUCAUAAUUAUCGACCUUAUUAUUAUAACUAUUAUCCUUAUUAUCCUUCAAAUUAAUUUAAUAUGUUCUUAUGGAUUCAGAUGUGACAUACUCAUACAGUGGCACUCGAGACAUUAACAGUAAUAAAAACAAAUUAUCGUACAAUAGAAUAUUUUAAAAAAAUUAUACAAAAAACAUAAAAAUAAAAAAAAUUAAUUAACUAAAAUAUUUAUGGUUUUGACUGUUAUCAGAAAUAUGCCCACUGUUUUGUUUUUAUUAUUUUUUUUUAAAGUUGCUGCUUUCUGAAUAUUGUGCUGAAUACUUUCUUAACUAAUGUUUUAAGUUAUAUUGUAACGUUAAAUAAUUAUUUCAAGCAUUAAUAUUUUACAUGAAUUAUUUCGGUAUAAACUUGUCUGUAGCUGUAAUUCAUUUACAUGAUUCAAAUAUAGUUCUGUAACAUAGAAUAAGACUUUUUCAUUAACAAAUUAACUUUUUACAAUUUGUUAAAGUUUAACGAAUUCUUCUGACAGAAAAAUUUCGUUAAUAUUUUCUAAUGCAUGUUAUUUUCUUAUUUUUUGCAAAGUAAAGCUUAUAAAUAAUGAGAAACGGACAAUUUUCUCUAAUUUAUUGUAAAUAAAAAUUAAAUUAAUCUUAA